AUGACUGAUGAUAAAAAGCCCGCUGGUCCUGCCCCUGGCAUGAACCAUGCCGAUGUUGCCAUCGCUAUCCAGGCCGACAAGGACGCCCGCAGUGUCGAACGCAACACCCAAUUCCUCAAGAUCGACAUGCACACGCAUAUCCUCCCCAAGCACUGGCCUGACCUGAAGAAAAAGUACGGAUACGGCUCAUGGAUCCAACUCGACCACAUCGAACCGGGCAAAGCCAACAUGAUGAUGGACGGCAAGAACUUUAGAACCAUCGAAUGCAACUGCUGGUCGUCCGAGCAGCGCAUUAAAGAGUGCAAUGCCACUGAUGUCGACGUCCAGGUCUUGUCGACAGUCCCAGUGAUGUUCAACUAUGCGGCCCGCCCUGAGCACACCCUCGAUCUCGCCAGAUACUUGAACGAUCACAUUGCUCAGGUCGUCGCCGAGGACCCCAAGCGCUUCGUCGGUCUCGGAACACUCCCCAUGCAGGCUCCCAAGCUGGCCGUUCAGGAAUUGAAGCGUUGUCGUGAAGAGCUUGGCCUGACCGGUAUCCAGAUCGGAAGCCAUAUCAACGACUGGAACCUCGACGCCCCCGAACUCGACCCCAUCUGGGCUGCCUGCGAGGAGACCAACGCCGUCGUUUUUGUGCACCCUUGGGACAUGGACAACAAGGGUAGGAUGGAGAAAUACUGGUUCCCCUGGUUGGUCGGCAUGCCCUGUGAGACUACCAUCUCGAUCUGCGCCAUGGUGAUGGGUGGUGUUCUUGAGCGCUUCCCCAAGCUCAAGGUCUCGUUUGCCCACGGAGGAGGCUCCUUCCCCGCAACCGUCGGUCGCAUUCAGCAUGGAUUCGAGGUCCGCCCAGACCUGUGCGCCACCAGGACCAAGAACGGUCCUAUGACAUACUUGAACCGCAUCAUGGUCGACUCGCUUGUGCACGACGAGGAGACACUCGAAUUUUUGAUCAAGAAGAUGGGUAUCGAUAACAUUAUGCUCGGAUCCGACUAUCCCUUCCCCUUGGGUGAGCUGCAUCCUGGAAAGAUGAUUGAGGAGGCUCGCUGGUUGACCAACGAGGAGAAGACCAAGCUCCUCAGUGGAAACGCCAUCCGGUUCUUGGGACUUGACCACUUGUUGGACACCAAGAUGUCCGAAUAG